AUGGACCGGAACACGAGCAAAGUGCCUGCCAAGACCAACGUCGAAAAGUGGAUUCUCGCAUACGGCGGUGCGGGUAUUGUGGCCGGCCUGGCGAUUUACGGGUACAAGAUCCUGCAAGUUCUCGGCGUGAAGGCCGUGAAACUGACCAACGCGCGCGGUUUCUGCUGCGAGCUCGCGACCGCGGGCGUCGUCAUCCUCUCCUCCAGAUACGGCCUGCCCGUCUCCACGACCCAGACCAUCACGGGUGCCCUCAUUGCCAUUGGGCUCUUCGAGGGAUCUAAGGGCGUCAACUGGCGAGUCAUUAUCAGGACGUUCUUCGGGUGGGUUCUCACCCUCCUAGUUGCCGCUUUGAUCGCCGCCGCGAUCACGUCCUUUGCGGUUUACGCGCCCAGCAAGGUGUCCUCCGACGACGAUAACUACGUCGCUAACUACCUCGAUAACCAGUCGCUGCGCAUGAUCCGCCAGAUGAACACCUCCGCCGCCGGCGCCGCGAUUCGGCCCACUCUGAGUACCCUGAGCAAGACGGUGACUGCGCUCACCAAGGAAGCGAACGAGCACCCGUACGACUACGUGGCAGCCCACAAUGCCACCUUCAACCUGUACAAUAGGUAUGGUUCGAAAACUGGGUUACGACAAGAGUGGGCAAAUGCCUUUGGCUAA